UGAUGUAAAAAAAAAAAAAAUUAUCUUUGAUUAUAAUGAGUGUUUGUACAAAUCUUGAUUAUGAUUCUAUUAUUGAUGAUAUUCUGCUAAGUGAAAAGCGUAUAGCUAAAAAGAAUUAUACCGAAGGAAUUGAAAAGUCUUUUGAAAAUUCUUACCAGCAAGGCUUUCAAAUAGGUUAUCAAAAAGGUCAUGAUAUUGGAUUAGAAAUUGGGUUUUAUUCUGGCAUUUUAAUUGCUAUAGACAAACUAUAUCAGUCGCAGAUAAUCAUAUUUUCUGCUAAAGAACUUCAUGUUUUACAAAAACUUUCAGGCUUAAUUAAAGCAUUUCCAGAGAUUAAUGAUAAAAAUAUUAAUAUUAUUACUCAAUACAAUGAAAUAAAAGGAUUGUAUAAAAAAUUUUGUUUUAAUUUAAAAAUUAAAGAUAUAGAUAAAAGUAUUUUUAAUUUUUCACAAUGGAACAAUUAAGAUCCAAAUUAGAUGAA